GUAUGCAUUAUUCAUCACUGUUCUAAUCAAACAAUCAAAAUCGUUUAUUUUCGCUGGGAAUAUUUAGCAAGAUCAAAGACACUCUGGCUGGAAUGGCUCUUGUUUUACCGCUGACAAUUAGCCGUGGGUUUUUAUUUUUUGCAGUAUUCAAGUGAAUAUUUUCUCUCAGAGCUCCGUGUUUGGAACAUCAAGCAUGGAUUAUCCCAAAAUGGAUUAUUUUCUGGAUGUGGAGUCUGCUCAUAGACUCUUGGAUGUUGAGUCAGCUCAAAGAUUCUUCUACAGUCAAGGAGCUCAAGCUCGCCGGGCGACCCUGCUCCUGCCUCCCACAUUAAUGGCGGCAUCCUCGGAGGAUGAUAUAGACCGGCGGCCCAUCCGGAGAGUGCGCUCCAAGAGCGACACGCCGUACCUCGCAGAGGCCAGGAUCUCCUUUAACCUGGGGGCAGCUGAGGAAGUGGAGAGGCUGGCGGCGAUGCGUUCUGACUCCCUGGUCCCAGGCACCCACACCCCACCCAUCCGCAGGAGAAGUAAGUUUGCCAAUCUGGGAAGGAUUUUCAAGCCUUGGAAAUGGAGGAAGAAGAAAAGUGAAAAGUUCAAACACACAUCAGCAGCCCUGGAAAGGAAAAUAUCUAUGAGGCAAAGCAGAGAAGAGCUAAUAAAGCGAGGAGUCUUGAAGGAAAUCUACGAUAAAGAUGGGGAACUGUCCAUAUCCAAUGAAGAGGACUCCCUAGAAAAUGGGCAGUCCCUGAGCUCCAGCCAGCUGUCUCUGCCUGCCCUGUCCGAGAUGGAGCCAGUCCCAAUGCCCAGGGAUCCCUGCUCGUAUGAGGUGCUCCAACCUUCAGACAUCAUGGAUGGGCCAGUGUCUGAAGAGAGUCCCUCUGCCAGUGAGUCUGGAGUCCUCCUGUCCCAAGAUCCUUCAGCCAAACCAGUCCUGCUCCUGCCCCCAAAAAAACCUGCUGCUUUCCCUGGAGACCAUGAAGAGACCCCAGUGAAGCAGCUGCCCCUUCUCAAGCAGCCCCCGGCCCUGCCUCCCAAACCCACUACCAGGAUUGCCAACCACUUAACAGAUCCUGGCGCCCCUGUGAAAUUGCCUUGUCUGCCAGUGAAACUAUCGCCUCCGCUACCUCCAAAGAAAGUCAUGAUCUGUAUGCCUGUGGGGGGGCCAGACCUCUCACUGGUGUCCUACACAGCCCAGAAGAGCAGCCAGCAGGGUGUGGCCCAGCACCACCACACCGUCCUGCCGUCCCAGAUCCAGCACCAGCUGCAGUACGGCAGCCACGGCCAGCACCUCCCCUCCAGCACCGGCUCCCUCCCCAUGCAUCCCUCUGGCUGCAGGAUGAUAGACGAGCUCAACAAAACACUGGCCAUGACCAUGCAGAGGCUGGAAAGCUCUGAGCAGCGGGUCCCCUGUUCCACUUCUUACCACAGCUCUGGGUUGCACUCGGGUGACGGGGUCACCAAAGCAGGACCUAUGGGCCUUCCAGAAAUAAGACAAGUGCCAACUGUUGUGAUUGAAUGUGAUGACAAUAAAGAAAAUGUGCCUCACGAGUCAGACUACGAAGACUCUUCUUGCCUGUACACAAGAGAAGAGGAAGAGGAGGAGGACGAAGACGAUGACAGCUCAUUAUACACCAGCUCCCUGGCCAUGAAGGUCUGCAGGAAGGACUCCUUAGCCAUCAAACUCAGCAACAGGCCCUCCAAGCGAGAGCUGGAAGAAAAGAACAUCCUUCCCAGACAGACGGAUGAGGAGCGGCUGGAGCUGAGGCAACAGAUUGGCACCAAGCUCACCAGGCGGCUGAGCCAGAGGCCAACUGCAGAGGAACUGGAACAGAGGAACAUUUUGAAACCUCGGAAUGAACAAGAGGAACAGGAGGAGAAGAGAGAGAUCAAGAGAAGGCUAACCCGAAAGCUCAGUCAAAGGCCCACGGUGGAAGAGCUUCGGGAAAGGAAGAUCCUCAUCCGCUUCAGUGACUAUGUGGAGGUGGCUGACGCUCAGGACUAUGACCGCAGGGCAGAUAAGCCGUGGACCCGCCUCACCGCUGCCGACAAAGCUGCCAUCCGAAAGGAGCUCAAUGAAUUCAAAAGCACUGAGAUGGAAGUUCAUGAAUUGAGUAGACACUUAACAAGGUUUCACAGACCUUAACAGUCAAAUUCCUCUUGAGUGCUAUGCUGUCUUCAAAACAUAAAUUUAUAAGAACCGUAAGUGCUGGUAUUUAUUCACUUCCCCAUUACGAUGUAAAUCUUCUGAACUGCCUUUUUUUAAAAAGAAGAAGAAAAAUCAAGGAAACACAAUCAGGAUUUUAUGUGUGAAAAUGCGAAAGUGAUGGCUCGGGGGUCCGAGCUGCUGGUCUCACUUCUGACACCAAAAUGCAUCCCAACCCCCGGCAGUGCCAAGGGCAUUGGCAUGGCCCUGACUGAAGACUUUCCGGCAGGUGGAACAGUCCUUGUCCUCUCCAACCAGGCCCAGCAGGCACUGCCUUCAUGAAGUCUCCAGCAAACCUCUUCCUCACAAGUGUCUGUCACCUGAGUCCAAAGAAAGCUGAAAGGGUGGGUUUGUUUUAUGGUGGCGGGGGGUUGGGGGGUACUGUGCAAAGCUAAUGAUCUGGUUGGACUUCUACACUUGGCCAAAUGUACUGGCUCCAGACAUGACAUCUGGCUUGGGGGCCCUUUGGAGGUGACACCAAGAGGGAGGGGGCACUUCUCAGUUGCCCCUGGCUUUUCCCUCCAGCCACCACCCACACAGUGAACAAAAGGGAAGGGCCCAUUUCUGGGGAAGCCUGGCUGCCUCCUGGCAACGAAGGCUGGCACUGAGCAUCUAUCCUGCCCCCCUGCCUGAGCUGAGCUGCCUUUCAGGAAGCUCUGGUUUAGAUGGGGAAAGUUGUCAUCUGCUCAGUUCAAAUAAUCAACUCAUCGGUAUUCAGA